AGCAGAAAUCAUGGCUGGAGGCCUUUAGAGCAAGCAGAUCUAGAUGUGUUUCUGAAGCAGAUCUUGCAGAUCUAGAUGUGCUUCUGAAGCUAUGAUCUCACUUCCUCUUGGGAAGGAUAACUGAGAACAGAAAUGGCUGAGGCUGUUGUUUCUCUCGUGGUGGAGAAACUCGGAGACUUCCUAAUCCAAGAAGCCAAAUUCUUGUAUGGAGUCCGUGGUCAAGUCGAGUGGCUAGAAGGUGAAUUGCGGCAAAUUCAAUGCUUCUUGAAGGACGCUGACAACAAACGGAAGGGGAACGAUGAGGGAGUAAAGAAUUGGGUGAAAGAUGUCAGAGAUAUUGCUUACGACGCUGAGGACAUCGUCGAAACAUUUGUGCUCAAGAUCGAGAGACGGCAGAGGUGGAGGGGCUUCGGGAGCCUCGUCAUUAGGUAUGCCCUUAUCUUCGGUGAAUUAAUAGCUUGCCAUAGAAUUGGCUUGAAUAUUUCAGAGAUCAAGUCAAGGAUCCUUGACAUCUCCGAUCGUAGAGCUCGAUAUGGCAUCGCCAAUAUAGAUGAAAGUACUGGGGGAGAAGGGGGGAGCCAUGCAGAUGAGAGUGUGCAAUCCCGGCGGCGGAUAUUACCACAUGUUGAUGACUCAGAUACUGUAGGUUUCGAGGAUGACAGGAAAGCAAUUGUAGAGCAAUUACUCGAUCCAAGAAAUACACGGCGUUGCGUGAUCUCGAUAGUUGGAAUGGGUGGUCAGGGCAAGACUACACUUGCUAAAAAGGUUUACAAUACCGGCGAAAUCAAGAGAAGCUUUGAGAAAUAUGCGUGGAUAUCAGUUUCUCAGGACUAUAAUGUGACAAAGAUUUUGAAGAACAUCAUGAGGAAAAUUAUGGGAAUUUCAGAGGAAGAACUGGAUAGGAUCCAAGAAGAUGACUUGGAAGAGAAGCUGCAUGAGUUCUUGAAAGACAAGAGAUAUCUGAUCGUGAUGGAUGAUAUAUGGAGUACAGAAGUAUGGAAAAAAAUUGUGCCAGCCUUUCCAGAUGCGAAGAAUGGAAGCAGAAUCAUUUUCACUUCACGCUCGAUAGAUGUUGCAAAAUCUGCUGAUCCAGAUUCCCCACCCUAUGAGUUAAGGUUUCUAAAUGGACAGGAGAGCUGGGAACUCUUUCUUAGGAAGGUUUUUCCGACUCAAGAAGUUCAAACGAGCUGCCCUGACAACUUGGUGACGUUGGGUCGAGAACUCGUGGAAAGAUGUGGUGGUUUACCUCUUGCUCUUGUUGUGCUAGGAGGCAUGCUAUCGAAAAAAGAUAAAAAUCGUACCGAAUGGUCAAAAGUGAAGAAGAGCUUGAAAUGGGAGACAACCAAAGAUGUCAAACAAUGCUUAGAUGUAUUGGCUUUGAGCUAUGAAGACUUACCUUACAACCUGAAAUCAUGCUCUCUCUAUCUAGGUUGUUUCCCUGAGGACUCAGAGAUCAGUGCUGCUAAACUGAUUAGGUUAUGGACUGCGGAAGGCUUCAUUCCGGCAAGAGAGAGGGAAACUUUAGAAGAAACAGCAGCAGAUUACUUGGAAGAGUUAGUCCAGAGGUGCAUGGUUCAAGUUGUGGAAAGGAGGUCUGAUGGGGUUGUUAAAACCUUCCGAGUUCACGAUCUCCUGCGUGAAUUUUGCAUAUUGGAAGCAAAAGAGGCUCGAUUUCUCGACGUUUAUAGCACUGAAGAUUGGACAACCUCAAGUGCUUCACGCCGUGCGGCUUUAUUCCACAACGGUGCUGAUGUACUGGAGUCUCUUUAUUCUUCUCAAUUCCUGCGGACUCUCGUAGGCUUCAAUUGGUAUGCAAGCACUGGUCCUGUAGAGCUGAGGCUACAGAAUCUGAACUUACUAAGAGUGAUUGAUCUGGAAGGGGCAUCACUUCAGGAGCUGCCCAAGGAAAUCAAAAGCCUAAUCCAUUUGAGAUAUUUGGGCCUGAGAAGGACCAGGGUGUCACGGAUUCCACCAUCCAUCGGAGAUCUUUGCUAUCUACGAACUCUUGAUGUAAGGCGGACACCUGCCAGGUCUUUGCCUGAUGCAUUUUGGAAGAUUCCAUCACUAAGGCAUGUAGUCUUUAGCCGGGCUUGCGCGAUCCCGAUCCCACGAAAGAUCUGUGCUGCAAAGAAUCUGCAGACCUUGAAGGGAGUACGUGGUGGAUCAUGGAUUGAGAAGCAGCUGCCACAGCUGACCAACCUUCAGAAGCUCGCGAUACUCGAAGUUUCAGACUUAGAUGAAAUGAUGCUGUCCAAUUCACUCAGGAACCUGAGUUCUCUAGUUUCAUUCGCACUCGGAGGAAAUCCGAUCCCCGCCGACAUCGUUCCGGCGUUAUCAGGACAUGAGCACCUUCAUGUUUUGCAUCUAAGUGGACCUAUGUCAAAGAGGCCACAAUUACCCAACAGCAAUGAAUUCCCUCAGAACGUCACCAAGCUCACAUUGCAGGGAUCUAAUCUAGAAGUGGACCCAAUGGCAACGCUGGGGAAGCUGCAAAACCUUAGGGUUCUUAGCUUGGGGCUUCACGCAUAUGCAGGGAAAGAAAUGGUUUGCUUUGCAGGUGGCUUCUUGCAGCUGAAACGGUUGCAUCUCCAUGGUCUGAGGGCACUGGAAAAUUGGAGGGUGGAGGAGGGGGCGAUGCCUGGUCUCAUCCACCUGUCUAUUGUUGACUGUAAUGCACUGAAGAUGCUUCCACAAGGACUAAGAUAUGUCACUACCCUUAAAGAGCUGGAGCUGCUGCAUAUGCCGGCCGCAUUUCGGGAUAGAGUUCGGGAAAAUGAUGGCGAGGAUUGGGUUGCGAUAAGCCAUGUUCCCUCCAUCAUCAUAAGCUUCAAUUGGUAUGCAAGCACUGGUCCUGUAGAGCUGAGGCUACAGAAUCUGAACUUACUAAGAGUGAUUGAUCUGGAAGGGGCAUCACUUCAGGAGCUGCCCAAGGAAAUCAAAAGCCUAAUCCAUUUGAGAUAUUUGGGCCUGAGAAGGACCAGGGUGUCACGGAUUCCACCAUCCAUCGGAGAUCUUUGCUAUCUACAAACUCUUGAUGUAAGGCGGACACCUGCCAGGUCUUUGCCUGAUGCAUUUUGGAAGAUUCCAUCACUAAGGCAUGUAGUCUUUAGCCGGGCUUGCGCGAUCCCGAUCCCACGAAAGAUCUGUGCUGCAAAGAAUCUGCAGACCUUGAAGGGAGUACGUGGUGGAUCAUGGAUUAAGAAGCAGCUGCCACAGCUGACCAACCUUCAGAAGCUCGCGAUACUCGAAGUUUCAGAUUUAGAUGAAAUGAUGCUGUCCAAUUCACUCAGGAACCUGAGUUCUCUAGUUUCAUUCGCACUCGGAGGAAAUCCGAUCCCCGCUGACAUCAUUCCGGCGUUAUCAGGACAUGAGCACCUUCAUGUUUUGCAUCUAAGUGGACCUAUGUCAAAGAGGCCGCAAUUACCCAACAGCAAUGAAUUCCCUCAGAAAGUCACCAAGCUCACAUUGCAGGGAUCUAAUCUAGAAGUGGACCCAAUGGCAACGCUGGAGAAGCUGCAAAACCUUAGGGUUCUUAGCUUGGGGUUUCACGCAUAUGCAGGGAAAGAAAUGGUUUGCUUUGCAGGUGGCUUCUUGCAGCUGCAACGGUUGCAUCUCCAGGGUCUGAGGGCACUGGAAAAUUGGAGGGUGGAGGAGGGGGCGAUGCCUGGUCUCAUCCACCUGUCUAUUGUUGACUGUAAUGCACUGAAGAUGCUUCCACAAGGACUAAGAUAUGUCACUACCCUUAAAGAGCUGGAGCUGCUGCAUAUGCCGGCCGCAUUUCGGGAUAGAGUUCGGGAAAAUGAUGGCGAGGAUUGGGUUGCGAUAAGCCAUGUUCCCUCCAUCAUCAUAAAAUGAUAUCUGACU